AUGAAUAAUCCAGUCGAUAAUCAUAUUGGUGGUGGUCCCGACCAAGAACAAGAGGCUGAAAAACAAAUUAUUGAAGAGUUUAAAAGUCUUAAGAAUGACGAAGCUCACGAACAUAUUCAGCAACGUAUAUUUGCCUUAAAACGUGGUGUAACCGUUGCAAAAUCAGCUUCAGAUUUUUUAGGAUCUGAUGUUCGCGAGUCUUUGAUUCCUUUAAUGCAAAAUGUAUUACGUGGAACUAUUAAAUCAAUGAAUGAUGGUUGUAAAGAGUGUAAUAUUUUAGAUGUCAUGCCUGGUAAAGGUACUCAAGUGGACUGGUUUCUUUCACCAGAAUUAGAAGGAAAUUUGGGGAAGCGGAAUAAUAAUUUGUAUUGUAUAGAGGCAAAUCCAGAUUUUAUAAAUCAUUUAAAAUUGGUAAAAGCUCAUGAGAAAAAGGUUAAAGAUUUUUAUCAGAGAUCUCUAGAUACAAAAAUCAAUUUUGACUAUUUCGACAGCAGUAAAGAUGAAGCACGUAAAAACAACUUUACAAAGAUUGCUAAAGCACGAGAAGAUUUAUUAUAUAAUGGAAAGAUCGUCAACGAAUUAAAAGCAGAUGAAAAAUCAUGUCCGAAAGUAGAAUCUCAUAAACUUUCUACAUUUUAUUAUGCUAAAACUUUGGCUGAAGUGGCUAUAAUGAGUUUGGAUGGCGGAUUUUUAAAGUAUAAUAAGAGCAAAUUUGAUAUUGAUCAUUUAAAAAAUUUGGUCAAUACGGUUAAGGAUGAAGCUAACAAAAAAAUUAGCAAGAACGAAAAGGGGCGUUUUGGAUUGUGUAAAGCCGAACGCG